AUGGCUAAACACUUUAAAGAAGAGAGUAGCUGUUUUACCUGCUUAUCUUAUCUUGAAAAACCCAUGUACCUGAAAUGUGGAUAUGUCUGCUGCCUCCAAUGCAUCCACUCACUGCAGAAGGAGCCCCAUGGGGAAGGUUUAUUGUGCCCCUCCUGCUCUACGGUCUCUCAGAAGAAAGAUAUCAGGCCCACUCCCCAGCUGGGGAAACUGGUUUCCAAGAUCAAGGAACUAGAGCCCCAGCUGAGAACUGUUCUACAGAUAAACCCGAGGAUGAUGAAAUUUCGAGUGGAUAUGACCUUAGAUGUGGACACAGCCAACAAUUAUCUCAUAAUUUCUGAUGACCUGAGGAAUGUCCAUUGUGGGUAUUUCAAUCAGAAUAAGAAAGAGUGUGCAGAGAGAUUCAACUAUGCAUUGUGUGUCCUGGGCUCCCUGCGGUUCACCUCUGGCCGCCAUUACUGGGAGGUGGACAUGGGCACAAGCAAAGAAUGGGACGUGGGUGUUUGCAAAGAAUCAGUUAAUCGACAAGGGGUAAUUCUACUCUCUUCAGAACUGGGCUUCUGGACCGUGGGUUUGAGAAAUGGAGACUUCUUCUCUGCCAGCACUAUACCUUUGACUGCUCUCUCGGUGAACCCCCGGUUAAACCGAGUGGGGAUUUUUCUGGACAUAGCUAUGGGGAUCAUUUCCUUUUGUGAUGUUACUGAUGGAUCCCAUAUCUUUACAUUCACUACAAUUUCUGCUGCAGAGCCACUGCGUCCAUUUCUUGCUCCUGCAAGUGCAAUUCAUGAUGAUCAAGGCUAUUUGAGAAUCUGUCCUGUGAUGAAUUCAGGUAUUACCAGGCCCCAGAUUUAUCCUGGGCAAGGCAAAUAA